GGAAGCACCAUUUUAACUGGAGACCUAAAGCUGUGCCUACACUGAGCUGGCCUUUGCUCUUCCCUGGCAAGUACUAAUGUUUUCACAUCUUAUUUUCAACUGUGUCCUGCUGCUGUUGCUACUGCUACUUGCAAGGUCUUUGGAAGAUGCAGUUAUAGUCGAGGUCGGUAAGAAUGCGUAUCUGCCCUGCGACUACAAUCUACUUGCCUAUGGGACACCUGUGCCUGUGUGCUGGGGCAGGGGACCCUGUCCUUGGUCACAGUGUGCCAAUUGGGUGCUCAGCACUGAUGAAAGAAAUGUGACACAUCAGAAAUCCAGAAGAUACCAGCUAAAGGGGAAUUUCCUCAAAGGAGAUGUGUCCUUGACCAUAGAGAAUGUGACUCUAGCUGACCAUGGGACCUACUGCUGCCGGGUACAAUUCCCUGGUCUAGGGAAUGAUAAAAAAUUAAACCUGGAAUUAGAAGUCAGACCAGCCAAGAUCGCCCCAGUUGUCCCUGCUCGUGGAUACCCUACUCCAACUACUCCAAGAACCCUAACCACCAAGGGAGAUGGCUCAGAGACACAGACUAUGGGGACCCUCCAGGAUAAAAACCUAACGCAAAUUUCCACAUGGACCGAUGAAAUGAAGGACUCUGGAGAAGCCAUCAGAACGGCUGUCUAUAUUGGAGUAGGAGUCUCUGCUGGGCUGGCCCUGACACUCAUCUUUGGUGUUUUAUUCCUUAAAUGGUAUUCUUAUAAGAAAAAGAAGUUACAGAAUUCAAGCCUCAUCACACUGGCCAACCUCCCUCCAGUGGGGCUAACGAAUGCGGGAGCAGGCAGACACCGGUCAGAGGAAAACGUCUAUACCAUCGAGGAGAACAUCUACGAAAUAGAGAAUGCCAAUGAGUACUAUUGCUACGUCACCAGCGGGCAGCCAUCUUGACCACCCCUGGGCUCUCGCUUUUUAAGGUUCCCCUUCAUUUUCGACUUUGCGGUUUUCCUUUUUGAACACUAUGAGAUAUAUCACCUGAAAAGUUUGGGAGUUCUGUCCACCACAAAAAAUGUUCCUGUUUUCUAGGGAUAAUUAGCUCAUAAGGGGAUUCAACUAUAACCUAUGCUAUACUGAAAUGUAUCGUUACCGCUGAGUUCCAGGGAUAGGAUCUUCCCCCAGCCUAGAAAGCACUAAUCAUGGAUGUUGAAGCUCACAUGUGCCUUCACAAUUAGGAAUGCUUAGUAUGAUAUCUCUGGAGUACCUGGACAUUCAGGAUUGUGGUGUGUCCACAAAGCUCUUCAACAGGUAGGGAGAAUAUUAGGCUAAGGGAGAUAGGUGCAGGUCUGUGUGGAUGCAGGAAAUCUAAAGUGGCCACUGAUUUUUCUAGAGAUUUCAGACCUUGAAUAAUUAAGAAAAAGUCAGGUGGCACAUACCUAUAAUUACAUAACUUACGAGGCUGAUGAAGGAGGAUCGUGAGUUCAAGGCCACCCUGGGCUAUGAUGAUGAGACUUUGCUUUAAAAACAGAAGAGAAAAAAAAACAAGCAAACACACAGGGAAGUUAAAAAGAUGGAUCAGACGGUGAAGUGCUUGUUGUGCAAGCAUGAGGAGUCUGAUCCCAGAACCCACACGCAAAAGCUAGGCGUGCUAAUGCCUGGCUGUAAACUUAGAGAUGGGGAAGUGGUGACAGAGUAGGUCCCUGUGGCUUGGUUGCCAGGCAGCUUAACCUAGUUGAUGAGUUCCAAGUCACUGAGAGCCCCUGUCUCGAAAUAAGGUGGACGGCGUUCCUGAGGAAAGACAACGGAGGUUGCCCUCUGAUCUCCACACACAUAUUUGAAUGUACAUACGCACAUAUGUGGUCACACAUGAGAUAA